UUGAUUCGAGAAACGAUAGUUGACAGCAAGAGAAUAGUGACAGCGGCUUAAACAGCGUCGUCUAUCACGUCCGUUACGAAAAUGACAUCGACAUUAGCUUCCGAAAUCGAUGAUGGUGUUAAGAUCCGCCAGUUGAAUCAGCAUGUCGCUGCUUUCGUAGCCUCUCUCGGCGGUUUCGCAUUUGGUGUCACAAUCGGUUGGAAUUCCAGCGCCGGAGAAGUCCUACGGAACAUCUUGAGCGCAAGUAAUAUUGAAAUCGGUCUCGUCGGUGGUAGCCUGAACGUCGGUGCCUGUGUCGGCGUGAUGUUAACGCCUUUGUUCAUGAAGCACCUUAGGCGUACCACAGCCAUGUUAGUGACCAUGCCAGGCUUUAUCAUCGGGUGGGCAUUUAUCUGCUUCGCUAAUCAGAAAGUUUGGUUCUUCAUAAUCGGUCGUUUUGUAUGCGGCGUGGGUGGCGGAGCAUUCUGCAUUUUGACGCCGAUUUACAUCGCGGAAAUUGCAGACAAGAAUUUACGAGAACGGCUACUUAUGUAUUUUCAUCUUCUAAUUAACUGCGGAAUCAUGUAUGCAUUUCUGAUCGCUCAUAUAUUGAACGAAUAUGAUUCCACAUGGAGGUAUAGCCUCACUUGCGCCGUGUCGUGCCUCACGAUUGCUCUAGUAAACCUUCUGCCUGAGAGCCCUCUCUGUUAUCUCAUGAAGGAUAACGAAAUUAAGGCGAAGGAUUCUCUAAAAUGGUACCGCGGCCAGAUUUAUGAAGACGACGCGGAAUUGGAAGACUUGAAGUAUCUCGCCGUGAGACGUUCGGAAAAAAUUAAAAUAAAUAUUCUACAAAACCGAUACGUCGUCAAAUCUUUCUUCGCGUGCUUCUUCGCGUUCGUCGCGCAACAAAUGAGCGGUGUUAACACUAUGAUCUUUUACGCGUUGACACUCUUCAAUGUUGGCGGAUCGGGUGAUCUAACUGGAAGCGAGCAAACUAUCGUCAUUGGCGCUGUGCAAAUACUAUCCUGUUCUCUAGCGACGGGUUUGAUAAACGUGCUCGGACGUCGGAUACUGCUUACUAUAUCCACGGUGCUUAUGGGAUUGUUUCUGAUAUUAUUAGGAUGGUUUUACGAUCUCAGAGAUCAGGAUCCGGAAUACGACGAUAUCUACUUCUGGAUGCCGCCGACCUGGACGACGCUUUUCCUCGCUGCCUUCAACGUAGGCGUCGGGCCGAUAUCGUGGUCGCUGUUGGGCGACGUCUUUCCCAUGGAAAUAAGAGAGACUGCCGCCGCGUUCGCAGCCGCUUUCAACUGGCUGCUGUCUCUGAUAGUGACAAUGACCUUCGGAGACAUGCUGAUAACGCUCGGAGUUCCGAAGACAAUGUGGCUUUUCGCCGGUUUCUGCUGGUUCGCCGGAGCCCUUUGCGUUCUUCUUGUAAAGGACACGCGGGGUCGCAGUCUGACCGAAAUACAAGCGAGUUUCCGCAUCGAGAACGAACAAGUAGAAACGGUUGGAGCGGGUCAAACAAAUCCAACGUGAGAUAUCAUGUUGGAUUUAUCUGCGCGAAAAAAUACGCGAAUUUCUAGCUUAGAUUUUGAGAAACGAUAAAAGAUAAACGUCUUUUUGACGCGGCGAGUGUACGAGCGAUGAUUUAAUAACCUUUAGAUUAUUUUCUGUUCGAUUCCAAAACUCGGGAGUUUUAUCGCGCGUUUCGACGUAAUCUCUGCAGCAUACUCGAACCGUCGCAUCGCGCCGGAAAGACCGCGAGAGAGCGCGAC